UUAAGCGGGGAGGCGGCGGGAAGCUCUGGCGCGGCUCCGCCCUGGGGGUUGCCUUUUCCUUAGAAGGCGAAGCCCCAAGCCUCGCCUCCCGCCCGCGGAGAGUCGUGCGGGGCGCCCCACGCACCCCUCGCCUCCGACGCCGCCACGGGAGCUCCAGGAGCGCGCGAGGACACGCGCAUUCCGCGCUCCAGCCGGGCUCGGGGGCGGAGGGGCGGGCGCGCGUCCUCGCGGGUUUGAAUGGAAGGCUCCAGAGCGGCGGCGACGGCGGCGAGCAGGUCCUGAAGCCCGAGCUGCGCCCCGGCGCCCGCGACAUGCGGCGGGAGAGGUGCGGCGCCCCCCGCCCGCGUCCCCGCCAUGGAGGUGCUGCGGCGCUCCUCGGGCUUCGCCGCCGAGAUCAUGGACGCCUUUGACCGCUCGCCCACCGAGAAGGAGCUCGUGGCUCAGGCCAAGGCGCUCGGCCGGGAGUUCGUGCACGCGCGGCUGCUGCGCGCCGGCCUCGCCUGGAACGCGCCCGAGCGCGCCGCGCCGGCCCCGGGCGGCCGCCUGGCCGAGGUGUGCGCCGUGCUGCUGCGCCUGGGGGACGAGUUGGAGCUGAUUAGGCCCAGUGUGUACCGCAACGUGGCACGCCAGCUGAACAUCUCCGUGCAUUCUGAGACCGUGGUGACCGACGCCCUGCUGGCCGUGGCGGCCCAGAUCUUCUCCGCAGGCAUCACGUGGGGCAAGGUGGUGUCCCUGUACCUGGUGGCCGCAGGGCUGGCCGUGGACUGUGUGCGCCAGGCCCAGCCUGCCAUGGUCCACGCGCUCGUCGACUGCCUCGGGGAGUUUGUGCGCAAGACCCUGGUGACCUGGCUGCGGAGGCGUGGUGGAUGGACCGACGUCCUCAAGUGCGUGGUCAGUACCGACCCCGGCUUCCGCGCCCAUUGGCUCGUGGCCGUGCUCUGCAGCUUCGGCCGCUUCCUGAAGGCUGCCUUCUUCGUGCUGUUGCCGGAGCGAUGAGCUGGCUUGGGCAGAGGCCGCAGCCCCAGCCUGGACCCACGAGGCCCUCGGCCGAAGGCCUUGCUGUCCUCCCACCCAGCCUCUCCUCUGAAGACCCAGGCCCUCUGAACAUGGAGCGCUGGGGCUGGCCUUUGGUGUCGACCUGUGGCUCUUCCCCGUCGCUCCCCUUCUCCUGGAGCCAGAAAGUCAGGGUCACCUCCCAGGCCCUAGGGAGGGAGCUGGGAACACCAAGCUCUCACUCGACACCAGGGACUCAUCCAUGAAGGGUGACCAUGUCAGGACAUGCAGCCUAAAAGUGACUCGGACCUGGCCACGGCUGGAGGAACACAGGGUCUUGCUGAGCCCACAAACAUAAGGCUCACAUGCUGUUGUUUACUCCGCUUCUGCAAGGGGAGGGUCUCCCGUGUGGCUGUGUCCUUGUGUGGCAGGAACCAGGAAUGUGGGGCUUCAGGCUGGCACGUCUGACUGAGGACGGAGUGUGUGCUACAUUCUUAGUGUCAUGGCAGUGGUGGGCGACCCCACCAGUGCUCCUUAUGCCCAGGGACCGGACAGGAGGCACGUGACUCCAGUGUGAGAAAACGUGAAGCCCAGAGUUACCCUAACGUCUCCCCUCAUUGCACUGCCUUGUGCUCCCGCGGGCCAAGAGCACGUGACACUAUCACACACAUGCACACACGUGAGCCAACGGCAGGGUCAGCAGCUCGCUGCCCACGGCCCCCAGCCCUUUGCCUGGCCGAUACAGCCCCAGUGGCUUACUGAAGGCUGCCCCUCAGUCCAGAGCCCGGCUCCUGGCUGUCCACCGCCAAGACAUUCUUGGGCCCCAGGCACACGGUGCCGGAGGGCUACGACGUGGCCUCAGUUUCCCUCUCUGUGUGAGGCAGGUUGAGCCAGACGACCGACCGCGAAGGUCAUCCAGCCCUGCCUUUGUGCCGCCUCCGGACCAAGCCGGAGUCCUGACGGUGCGGUUGUCCUCAGCACCCCCAUCGCCCGCCCCGGCCUGGCCGGUAUUGCUCCCCUCAUGCCCUCCCCAGAGCGCUCACCGCAGCAAGUGUGGCAGGGGAGAGAAGGGAGGCACAGCUGUUAGAUGGACCCCGCCCAACGCCACUGCGCCUGCCCCGCUUCCUCAUUCGCCUCUUGGAUCAAAUGCUCUGGUGUUAUUUCCAGCAUAAAAAGUAACGUUAGACACCGACAGCGCUCAGAAAAGCAGUGGGGUUUAAAGAGAUCAGUAGUCUUUGUGAACAUUCAGUCAGAAGAUAAACAAUGAAGACGUGCCCCACUUCCAUAGCAACAAAGGGAUAAAAUUCUCAGCAUAAACCAAACAUGAAAUGUGAGGCCCUGUGUGAGGAAAACUAAUGUACCUUAAAGACACCCAAGUGGACGUAGACGGAUAGAAAUACCAUGCUUCGGGGAGGAAAGCUCGACAGAAGAGUUCUCCAUAAGUGAAUUUAUCAAUUUAAUGUGAUCCGUAUGAAAAUACCAGAAUGGUUUUUUCCCUCCUGGAUCUAAACAAGCUAAUCAUAAAUACGAAGUUCAUAUGAGAGAAACAAACAAGCAAAAACAGCCAGGAAAACCCUUAGAAGAGAAAUGAGGUGAGAGUUGGCCAUCAGAUGAGCCAUCUCUGCGAGGCACCAGGCCAAAUGCAGACACUGGUGAGCCGCUUGGGAAACAGUGAAGGGCACCUGUGCGUCCCACUACACCCCAGACAAAACCAGAUGGGUCAAGCUGCGAAGUAUGAAAAAUGAAACAAGUCCUAGAAAAAAUGAGUGACUUUCUUUGGAACUGAGGAGUGGGCAAAACCUAAAUACGAUUUAAAAUCCAGGACCAAUAAAAGACAAAAUAUUGGGUUGUCGAAAAAGUCAUGACGCAUUUUUGCAACAGAUGGCACUAGUUCAUUUU